GAGAGCAAAUUCAUUUCAAAUGUAGGCUACACGGCCUUUAAUCAGCCAGCAGAGGGAAGCACACCAAUGCUUCACUGGGAUACAUUUCCUGUGUUUUUAGGAGUCCAGCUCUAAUGCCUGCAUGCUGUCGGGCGAUAUGGAGAAACGACAGCAGAUGAAGGACGACCUGCAGCGGUGCAUAGACGCACACAAAGACGAGCUGCACAGUCUGAGUAGAGAUAUUUGGAGCAAUCCUGAAGUCGCCGGUAACGAGAAACAUGCGCACGACCGGCUUGUCCGCUUCUUUUCUCAGGACCAGACAUGGACGGUCCAGAGUCACUACAAACUUCCGACCGCGUUCAGGGCCAGCUGGGGUCUAGUUGGUGGCGGGGUGGGGGACUCAGUGUUGAACGUGGGGUUCCUGUGCGAGUAUGACGCCCUCCCGGGUAUCGGCCACGCGUGUGGGCACAACCUGAUAGCAGAGGUGGGCGCUGCGGCCGCUGUGGGGCUGAAGGCUGCUUUAGAAAACCAGACUGAGCUCCCAGUGCCUGUAAAGAUAACUGUUCUGGGAACUCCUGCCGAGGAAGAGUUAGGAGGAAAGAUUGAGCUAAUCAAUGCCGGGGCCUUUGCUGAUAUUGAUCUCGUCUUCAUGGCUCAUCCAGCUCAGCAGGAUGCUUCAUUUCACCCUUGCAUCAUAAUCGAAGAGAUGUUAGUGAAGUACUAUGGGAAGGCGUCUCAUGCAGCUGCAUACCCUUGGGAGGGAGUGAAUGCCCUGGAUGCGGCUGUCCUGGCCUAUAGCAACAUCUCUGUACUCAGACAGCAGCUCAAACCAGACUGGAGGAUUCAUGGCAUCAUCAAACAUGGAGGAGAGAAGCCCAACAUUAUCCCAGCCUACACUGAAUUAGAGUUUUAUUUGCGCGCCCCGUUGCUCAAAGACCUUUGUGACCUGAAGGCUAAAGCUGAAGCUUGCUUCAGGGCAGCUGCCGGAGCAACCGGUUGCCGAGUGGAGAUCACCUUCCCAACCCCUACCUACUAUAACAUUCUACCUAAUGCCACACUGGCAAGCCUGUAUGAAAGCAAUGGAAAAGCUUUGGGAAUUCACUUUCCAGAGCAGCCAGCCAGCUUCUGCGGUUCUACAGAUUUUGGCAACGUGUCAUUCAUAGUCCCUGGUAUUCAUCCGUUUUUCUACAUCUGCACUGAUGCAUUAAAUCAUACAGAGGAAUACACCGAAGCAGCAGGAGCUGAAAAGGCCCAGUUGUACACCCUGAGGACAGCCAAGGCCCUGUCUAUGACAGCUGUGGAUGUAGUGUGCUGUCCUGAUCUGCUUAAGAAAGUGAGAGACGACUUUAGACUGGCCAAACUGAAACAGAAGUGACUGGAAGGCAGUGAUAGACCUCCCUCAUAACACUGAAAUUAGAAAUACAUAUAGGAGAAAUUAUAAGGUUUAAAUAACAACAAGUAGGUGCUUUGUAUUUUUAGCUAAAGAUCCUUGAGCGUAAGAGAAAACCCCCCCAACAAUCAGAUGGUCCCCUAUGUUCAGGCACUUGGUGACAGUGAGAAGGAGAAACUCCCUUUAAAAACGGGAAGAAACGUCCAGAAGACUCGAUAUCAGGGAGGAGCAGAAUCAAAACUGGGAGAAAGAAAAGAGACCAAACUGAAAGCAAAGGAUAGAAAGAAAAAAGAAAUGUAAUCACAUGCUGUAGUGCAUCAUUGGAACUCCUCCAGCAGCCUGAGCCUAUUGCAGCUUAACUACAGGAUGAUUCAGGGUCACCUGAUUCAGCCUUAAAUAUAAGCCUUAUCAAAAAGAAGGUUUUAAGCCUAAUCUCAAAAGUAGAGAGGGUGUCUGUCUCCCAAAUUCAAACUGGGAGCCGGUUCCACAGAAGAGAGGCCUGAAAGCUGAAGACUCUGCCUCCCAUUCUACAUUUAAAACUCUAUGAACCACAAGUCUCUGGUAGGACAAUAUGGUACUAUGACUUCUUUAAGAUAUGAAGGACUUUGCAUGUGAGGAGUAGGAUUUUAAAUUCAAUCUUGAGUUUAACGGGGAACAAAUGAAGGCAUCUAAUAUCUUUCUAGUCUGUGGUAAUGGACAACAUGAAUUUACUGAUGAUGAGUUUGGCAUACACUCACAGUUUUACACCACGAACCUCUAAAUAAAACAAGCCUAAAUGUAUUACUCCAUCCACGGAUAGCCCUAUUGUACUUGAUUGCAUGAUCAUACUACCUCUCUUAGUCAUUGAGAUUUCUAGGCGUACUUUCAUCAGCUACACAGCUUGAUAAAAAAUCUUGGCUCUUAAGAGUGGGCCCAGAUGUGGUGGAAAAUCAGGUUAUGGACAUCUUUUUGAUGCUUUAUCCUUUUCUGCCAGCUUUGAUGCGGUGAUGCCUUUGUUCGCAUUUUUUUCACUAGAAGAUGGCGCACAAAGUUUAAAUUGACACCUUCGGGAUGUUGCUUAGAUCAAAAAAACCCAACAAAAACAUGCUUCAGCAUAUCCCACUCUCUCACUUUUCUGUGAGGAAAGCCUUAAUGUAAUUGUAUAUGUAUAUAUCCUUUUACACACAUGUGAGUGGUUAAUGGCAUUACAUAAUACGCAGUGUAUAUGAUUUGUUUUAAAUGCUCAUCAGCACUCAGACAUGUGCCAGAGCGAGAAGAAAGACCUUGGAGCUGUGAGCAACCCAGUGACUAAUAACAGUAAAGGCUUAUCCUCCAGGACUGUUUAAAUAUACUGUAUAAGUGAGCAGAAAAAUGUGAUUAAAAUAAAGGGAUCAACUGUGUUCAAAUGAUCCAAAGUGUUGUGUUUUAGGUUUUAAGCAUCUCUCUGUUUCUACGAUGUUCAGCACUCAAGCUCCGAUUUUCAGAAACCAAAACAUUUAUUAAACAUCUUCCCAUACAUGACAGUUUUAAAUACCUGUAAUAUUUUUUUAAAAUAUCUUUUGCCUAACAAAGUAUAAAGUUGUUUUUAAGCUGAAAAAGACGUUAAAACUAGCAACUAACAGGUCACAGCGAACCUCAAAGCCUCACAACACCAAACAGAGGAGAUGAGCUUCAGUUGUAUUUAAAAAUAAAAAGAAGAAACAUUAAAAAAUAAAAAGAGUUAAUAUCAUAGUCAGUGCAUGGGACUUCUAAACAUACAUUUUUACAUUUGUUGUUUUAAUAGACUGCAUUACUUUGCGUUUUUUACUCAACGUUGUCAAGUCACACAAACGGAGCGCAGUAGCUUGACAUCAAAAUAACUGCAUUGAUACAAAUUUCACAAGAAAAUUUAAGCUAAACUGAAUCAUAUUAACAUGCUGCAAAGGAAACGUGGAACUUCAAGAAUAAGCUCUGAAUUAGCCUUUUUUUUUAAAUAAAAACAUUUACUUUCAUUCAGAUGUUUAUUUGCUUUCGUGCAGAGUUGGGAGAGUGGGUUGAUAUCACUUUCAUGUCUGCAGUAAAUAUGAAGCUCUAGCCAGGAGACGGCUGAGCUGAGCACACAAGACUGGGGAAAAGGGGGAAGCAGCUGGGCGAAAUUUGCCAACUACCACCUCAAAGGCUGACUAAUUAACAAGAUGUAAUCUGUUUUUUUAAUCUUUAUAAAAAUUGACAUUCUGUUGGGAAUUUAAUUGCCAGACUCUUUCUUGCCUCUGAGCGUUAGCUAGGCAGUCAUACUGGUAGAAAAAUAGUAGGACUUCUGAGCAUUAGCUAAGAAUUUAUACUGGUAGAGAAAUAGUAGCACUAAUCCCCCUAUAAAACCAGGCUUUUAUGGUUGUUUCUGUAUGGAUUCAGUCAAAAUAUAUAACUUGCUGUAGUUAUUAUAGAAAUGCUGGUAG